AAUAAAAAACUCCAACGUGUCCCUUUGCCUUUGUAAAACAGAUGUAUGGGAAUAAUAUUAAAUUCAAAAAAACAUGAUUUGUAUUAUUUAUGAUGUUAUGUUAUUAUUUACGCAUGAAUAUUCCUCUGCAAGUUUUAAUCUCCCUAUUUUCUCUAUUAUUUGCAGUUGAAGUUAUGGACAAAUUCAAGUACCUCCGCGGCCAAUAUCAGAAAUGUUUACGGAAAAUCAGGAAUGCUCCAAGUGGUUCCGCGGCAACAACUCCUAUUAAGUGGGAGCAUUAUAAGACAUGCUCAUUCAUGCAAUCUGCAUAUGAUUUGGGCCCUACAGAAUCCAGUUUCAUACACCCUGAUGACUUGGAACCACAACAGAAGCAAGAGGUGUUGUAUGAGGGACCUAUAGAGGAUCUUGAGAGUUAUGAUAUAUCGGUAUCACCAACUUCAAUACCGUCAAAUCCAACACCUUCCCCUCUGCCUGAUAUUAAUGAAGAGAUCAUCAGAGAAAUACCUGAUCAGCCCAAUACCAGUUAUACAAAAAACUCACAACUGGUAAAAAAGAAGAGGAAAAUGAACAAGAGUGAUGCAGUGGAAGAAGGAAUGUUGAAGACCAUUGACAACUUGCAGGCAGUUUGUGCAGAGCAGGCCAUGAAAAAUACACGCCAUGACAUGGUUACUGAGUCUGUGAUGGCUGCCAUGAAGUUUUUCAGCAGUUAUGAAGAUGUUAAAAUGGACUUUACAGUACAAGUGAUGGAGCUUAUUGCAGCAAAAACCAGAGAGUGUCAAGCCAUAGAAAAGAAAAGGCAAGGCAAUAAUUAAGAUCACUGAAAUAUCAUGAAGUGCAAUAAAUGUUUUCAAACUGUGAUUUAUGCCAAUGAUUUAUUUUGUAUAUAGUCAUAUUAAGUCCUCUUUUAUUUUAUGCUGGUCAUGUUCUA